UAAGAGUGUUCCGAUCAGAAAAAGAAAAUACAAGUGCAGACCAGCAUAUCCCAAGUCUCUCUCUCUCUCUCUCGCUCGUCUGACACUCGACACUGAAGAUUUGCUUGCAAGAUUUUGAGACAAUGGCUGGUCCGAGAAGUAACUAUGGAAAACGUUCACAUUCUCAGUCUGACUACAGUGACAAUCGGGGAAAUAAACGGAGAAAUCAUGAUGAGGAUAGGGACCAUUUUUCUAUUGGGUCUGAAGAUACUGUAUAUCGGUACUUGUGUCCUGGUAAGAAGAUUGGAAGUGUUUUAGGGAGGGGAGGGGAGAUCGUUAAGCAAUUAAGGUUGGACAGUAAAUCAAAAAUUAGGAUUGGUGAGACAGUGAGGGGAUGUGAGGAGCGUGUUGUCACUAUCUACAGCUCAAGCGACAAGACGAAUGUGUUGGAUGACAGUGAAAGCCGUGUCUGUCCAGCCCAGGAUGCGCUCUUCAGGGUGCAUGACAGAGUUGUCGCCGAUGACUUAGAUGCUGAAGAGGAUUCGGAAGCGACCCCUCGAGUUACUGCUCGGCUUCUUGUACCAUCUGAUCAGAUUGGAUGCAUUAUUGGGAAAGGUGGACAGAUAGUUCAGGACAUACGUAGUGAUACUGGUGCCCAAAUUCGCAUCAUGAAAGAUGACCACUUGCCCCUCUGUGCAUUGAACUCUGAUGAACUGGUGCAGAUAUCUGGCGAAGCUCAGGUUGUGAGGAAGGCUCUUUAUCAAAUUGCAUCACGGCUUCACGACAAUCCGUCUCGGUCUCAGCACAUGCUUGUUUCUGCUGCGCCAAUUAUUUAUUCUUCCGGUGGUUCACUUAUGGGACCAACUGCUGGCGGUCCGAUCAUGGGAAUAGCUCCACUAGUGGGUCCUUAUGGAGGAUACAAAGGUGCUGGUGGAGACUGGUCCCGCUCUUUUUACUCGGCUUCAAGGGAUGAUGCAUCUUCAAAGGAAUUUUCUCUUCGUUUGGUUUGUCCAACUGCAAAUAUUGGUGGUGUAAUCGGGAAGGGUGGUGCCAUAAUCAAUGAAAUUAGACAGGAGUCUAGAGCAGUUAUAAAAGUUGAUAGUUCAACUACCGAGGGAGAUGAUUGCAUAAUAUUUAUCUCAGCGGAAGAGUUUUAUGAAGACACUAUGUCUCCGGCUAUUGAAGCAGCCCUACGCUUGCAACCUAGGUGCAGCGAGAAAGUAGAAAGAGAUUCAGGCCUUAUUUCUUUCACUACCCGUUUACUAGUGCAUACUUCCCGUAUUGGUUGCCUUAUUGGGAAAGGUGGAUCUAUAAUUACUGAGAUGAGGAGAAUCACAAAAGCUAAUAUCCGUGUCCUCUCCAAGGAAAAUCUUCCCAAAGUAGCAGCUGAAGAUGAUGAGAUGGUGCUGAUUUCUGGAGAUCUUGAUGUUGCCAAGGAUGCUCUUAUACAAGUAACUUCGCGGCUGAGGGCAAAUAUUUUUGAUAGGGAGGGUGCUGUACCUGCAUUUGUGCCAGUUCUUCCUUACCUUCCCAUGCCAACAGAUGGUUCAGAUGACUUGAGAUAUGAUAGUAGAGAUAAUAAAAGAUAUGGACGUGGACAUUCUUAUUCUGAUAGAUAUGGCGACGCAAGUGAUUUACCUGCUAUGGAUAGUUAUGGAAGUUAUGAUGGUUUGCAGAGUGGCAGUAGUGGAGGCGGUUAUGGAGCUUAUGGUGGCUAUUUUUCUGGUCGUACUGGUAGCUCAGGCAGGUUAUCUGGGCAUAGCCCUGUUUCCCGGCGUAAAAGCUACGGUUACUAAUGUUGGACGAUGGCACCGCAGAGUGUCUUCCUUACAGCUAUGGAUGAUUGGAUGUCAUGCUGUUGCUGUUUGUAUCUAUUACAGGAGAGUUCAAAUGCCUGGCGAAUUUAUUCUUUGCUUGCAUUAUAGGUGAAAAUAAUGCAAUACGUCUUAAUGGUUUGUGUUUCCAAAUCGUUUCAUUUUUUGCAAAAAAAAAAGUCCCAAAAAACUGUUUUGGUGUUUCAUGAAAAGUUGGUUUUUGCUGAUUUUUUUUUUUUUUGGUAUGUGUUUUCUGGAACAUGAAACAAGAAACGGAAAUCAUAACAUGCCCGCCAUUGAUUUUUCCCAUUUGGAGUAAAAUUAACUCCAUACAGCUACUUAUGAGAUGUUAAUAUGGACUGAGCUUAUGAGAUGAGGAGCUCACCAAAGCUGGUAUGCUGGGAGCUGUGCUGCUUGAAUGACGGGCAUAUAGGCAUUCUGUGAAGAGCUAUCAUGGGAACCUGCUCAUCUUUGGAGAUUUGACAAAGUGUUCAAACCGGAGACCUACUUGGUUAUUGUUCAGUAGAUAUUGAUCUCCUUGGUGCGUAAAACAGCUCUCUUGUUUCAGGCUAGCGAAAUCUUAAGCAGAAUUCUCGUGACCGUUGUGUUAUGCGAAGAAGCUGCCUCCCUCUGUUUGCAAUGUCAAAAGCUCACAACUUAGUACUGGAAUUUUGCUUAUUCCAGAAUCGGAGCAAGAUAUGGCUAAUCCACCAUUUUUAAAAGAUUGCUGCCGAUCCUAUCUAAUUAGGAUCCUGUCAUAAAAUUUUCUCAUGUGAACCCUCUUGUACGUAGACAGGGGACCCGAAUGGUCUAUUGUGGUGAUUUGAGUCGUUAUCUUAUAGAUCGCAAUCUGCAAAUCAUCCAUACAAAAACUAGGGUAAAUUGGAAAUCGAUUCACGGAGAUCCUACCAUUCUUUUUUUGUUUUGGUUUUUGGUCAAGAAUGACUUGCGUACCUCAGAUCAUUAAUAUCGGACUGUGGAGGAUCCCAUCCUCACUCGAGAGGAUCGUAUGACGAGAUGGCAUGAGAGAAUGCUCUCUCAAUGGUGCAAGUAUCAGGACUUGUAGUUCCUGUGGUUCGGCAACGCAGUACGGGCUUAUGGGAAACUCCAAAAGCAACCUUUGGGAAAAGAUUGUCACGAUCCGAACGGUCAUUCGGUCAUUUUAUUCGUCAAAUUGAGCAACCGAUAAGAGGCUGCUAUCAGCUCUCCAUUGUCGAUACAGCAGCAUUUCUGCCCUCAAACAUCCACCCCAUAACAGAAGUCGUUAAUGCACUCGUCAUAUUUUCUGGAAGCGUGUAAAAGUAGUGUGUGCUAGAUGAGG